CCUUGGUACGACCCAUUCUCCAACAUGGCGCAGGAAAUCUUGGAGUCGCUGUGUAGUGCCAAAAAACUGGACAGGGACCGCGGUUUGACGGAGCUGAAGAGCUUCUUGGGCAAAGACAACGAAGCCGAAGCCGUCCAGCUCGUAGAAGAAGCGCUGGGAAAUGUCCUGAGGGACGCCGCGGUGCCAUGGGAGAGUCGGCAUGGCAGUCUGAUGGGGUCCAAGUUGACGGUGAAACAUCGCCUCUGUUCCAACGAGUUUGCGGAGUUGUGUGGGGAGAGGGCGGUAGGGAUGCUGACAGACGACGAAGUUCGGGUCCGAAUAGCUGCGGGUGAGCUGCUAGGUGAGUUGUGCAGGAGAGACGGUGUCCAGGUGUACCUCAGGUGUAAGGACACCAUCCUGCAGGGUGUGGCCACAAACCUGGAGAGGGAUACCUCGGCAGACCUCAGCACAGAGGAACAGAGGGAGAAGGACAAGCUGAUGGAGAAAUUGUUUGGAACACAAGCUAAAGAAAUCUCAGAUGCACAGCAGAUCUUCCAUGACACAGCCGGCUGGAGACAUCUGGAAACCUGGAUGAAGUGUUUGCAGGAAGUUAUUGAGGGCUGUGGUUCCCAGUUCAACCCCCACGUGACCCAGUCCCUCCUGGACCUGCUGUUCCAGGCCCUGACACACACCAACAGGUUUGUGCGCGAGACGGGCUUCAAUGUCUGCGGGAGUCUGGUCACCUGCUCGCUUCAACAGGAAGAUGGAGGUACAGUACUCCAGGAGUCAGACACCAUACUGUUACAUGGGCAGCAGCUGGCUGAGCACUUUGCCACAGGACUCGCUGACAACUGGAGUCAGGUAAGAAUGGCGGCAUCAGUUGCCACCAGGAAGUUUCUCCUGAGCAUGCCCAGUGAAGAAGUGCGUAAGAAGUACUACCCCCUGCUUCUUCCCAGACUCUGUCUCAACAGGUAUUACGUAGCAGAAGGAGUGCGUAUCUACUCCCAGGAGACAUGGAAGCAGGUGACCCAGACAGAGGGGAAGGCCUUAGUAGAGGAGCAUAUCGCUCAAGUGGUUGAGUAUUAUUUGGAGGCCACCACAGCAGAUAACCAUGCUGUAAGAGAGGCAGCCUGUGCCUGCAUAGCUGAGUUAGGCUCCAAGAUCAACAGAGACGUGGUGCGUCCCCACGUGCCGACCCUGAUCCAAGCCCUGUUAGAGUCCUUCAAAGAUGACAGCUGGCCUGUCAGGGACGCUGCAUGUGUAGCUUGUGGAAACUUUAUCCAGUGCUUCCCCGAGGAGUGCAGGCCACAGAUGGACAGUUUGUACCCACUGUUUUUUGCUAAUCUCCAAGACAACAUCCCAUCGGUGAGACAGGGGGCAGCUGUAGCACUGGCCAAUGUUGCCAGGGCCUAUGGAGCCGAGUCUCUACAGUUCCUACUCCAGAAGGCGCGGGAAGGUUUAGAGGGAAUAGAGAACCAGCCAGCGUCUACAGAGAAAUACUCCGGACUAGACAAGGGCCCGGCCACCUACGGAGUCGUCAAGAAACUUCGAGACAAUGACAUGGACUUGCACACCAACCAAACGAUGUACUCGUGUGGGUCGCUUGCACCCAAGAUGGGGCGUGGCCGGACUGGUGGCUGCAUGGACCACCAGUUCAGGAAACCUGCAGAACCAUGGGAGCUCACGGAGGGCUGUGUGCACCUGCUGGCUGAGUUAUCCCAGAUCCCGGCAGCUGUACAGCAGGUGGCAGAGCUGCUGCCCCUUGUCGCCCAGGCAGCUGCAAAGCACCACUACCCACAACACCCGGUUCUGCUGGAAACCGUCUGCAAACAGCUUCCAGUGAUAGGAAGGGGAGUGAGUAAGCAGUUGUUCAAGAAGAAGUUAGAAGAUUUCCUGGAUCCCAUCUUUUACAGCUUGUCCAGUGAUAACCAGCUGACGUGCAGCGCGGCUGCGGAGUGCCUGCUGCAGCUGUCCCACUUCCUGGGCCCAAACAUCCUGCGGGGGAGGGUGGAGAUGCACAACCCACAUUACCUGGAUCAGCUUGACAAGAUAGCACCUGGACAUCCAUCUUCUAUAAUGUGAGAACAGCAGUA